ACCUCGUGCUCGGGUAGUGAAGAUAUGAUGAGUGAGCCUAAUCCAAAUGCAUCGUGUGUUCCGAUUCCUGAUAUGCCGGAUUUAAUUAAUUUCUUGGAAAAUAUCGACUUCGAAGAUGAAAAAUCAAGUGAAAAUUUUGUGCAAAUUGGAUAUAAAUGUGAUCGCAAUUACGGAUCGUGCAAGUGCUGAUCUACUUAUUAAAUCAUUGAAUGUUUGUGCAAAGAAAAUUAUUGCUGAAUACGAUGCGCUGUGUAAAGCAGCAAAACGUGUUUGCGCUAAAUUUUCUGAUGAAGUCGGUGCUCGACAGGAAAUAUUCAAAACGAUCGGAUUAUACAAGAAUGCUGCUGAUUACAUACAGGUUGCAGAAGGGGGUUGCCGAGCCGAAACAUGCUAUGGUGGAAGAUGCGAGAUAAAAGAUGAAAUAAAAAUUUGUAUAUGUCCUAAAGGCUUCCAUUUGAAAGGCAUUGGCUGUCAAGAAACUGUAUGCGAAAUGAACAAAUGCUUCGGAGGUAAAUGUGAUGUAGUUGAUGGGCAGGAGAUUUGCACUUGUUUAGAUGGUUAUAUACUCAAUGACAACACUUGUGAGAAAAUUCGAUGCACAAGAAAACGCUGUUUUGGUGGAAAAUGUGAACUGAUUGAAGGAGAAGAAGUUUGCGAAUGUCCAGACGGUUAUGUACUUCAGGGUGACGCCUGUAGAGGUAAAAUAGUUUUUGUGUUUCAUUUUUCUCAUUCCUUAUAAGACUAUAAUUUAUUCACACAAUUAAAAAACUCUGUUAUAAAUUACAUUUUCCUACAUUAUUUAAAAUUACUCAAAACAGCUUUAUUUUCUCCUUAUUUAGCAUUGAAACUGAACUAAAGAAAUACAACAUUAAAUUUAUUCCUGCUAAUGAAUAUGAUCAGCUGUGACAUCAUCAGUGUAUGACUCUGUGUAUAUUACUUCUAAUUUCACUGCAGACAGCAGUUAAAAUAAAACAGGCGAAAGGAGAUAAUAAUGCUAUUGUAAAGAUAUAAUGUACAUAUGUUUUGCAUUAUCAUGUAUUUAUUGUUGCUUUUAUCAGUGAUUUUACAGUAAUUUCAUGUUUGUGCUUUGGUAAAUUUUCAAUAUGCAUUUA